AUGGCGACUAAGCAUACCCGAAGCCUGCCAGCCUCAUCCCAAAAGCCACCCGCAGGGCUGGCAAGGGUUCUGAACUCAGAAGACAACCACGAUUCAGCCUAUAUCUCAAACACAACUGCAGACUCGGGGAUUGGAGUUCAUGCCACCGAGCCUUUGUCAAGGAAGCCCGAUCCUUUGAACCUGCCGAACACUGAAUUAAUCGUUCCACAUGGACCUUUGAAAACGCCACCUGUCGUGCUCCCAAACACGGUGCGCGACCACACAACCGACCAGCUCGCGCCCGGCGGAGACGAGUACCUGCCGCGUGUGGUAGACGAAGCUGGCGAGAAAAAGGUAACGCCAAAUGGUUGUUUGCUUGGCAACCGCGAGUACCGCUGUAAAACUUUCCUGGUGCCUAAUCGGGGCGAUAAGCUAUUUAUGCUAGCGGCCGACUGCGCCAAAGUCCUUGGCUAUAGGGAUAGCUAUCUCAUGUUCAACAAGAACAGGUCACUCUAUAGGAUCAUUACAAAUCAAUUCGAAAAGGAUAAUUUGCUGAACCAAGAAAUCCUUCCGAUUUCGUACCGAUCCCGACAGAUUGCCAUCGUCACGGCACGAUCCAUGUUCCGACAAUUUGGAAGCCGAGUCAUCGCCAACGGUCGCAGGGUAAAAGAUGACUACUGGGAAGGGAAAGCUCGCAGCCAAGGCUUUACCGAAGCGGACCUGGCGGGUGGGACGAGACCAUCGGCUUUCAUGGCGCGUGAGAUUGUUAACCCCGGUGAUGGAGUCCAUACUUACGACUAUAAUCUAGGCAGCAACUCUGGCGAAAUAGUUGAUACUGAACCCCUAGACCAGGUUCAUGGCCUUGCGGGAUCUCGCCCUCUUUAUCCACGAUCUAUGGGAGCUCCAAUUUCAGACUUGAACGACGACCGCGAGAAAGAUUAUAACCCACACCACGGCGUUACAGGUCGUGCUCAUAAGGAAUUCAGUGCCUUGUCUGAGACCUAUGAUGAGGCCCACUAUGCUGCUGAUUUCAGUCGUUCCUCUAGUUUUGAGAUACGGAGGAGCUACAUGCAGAACCUGUGGCAGAGAACGGUUGGGCAACCUACCACAUCACCUGUUGGUGAUUCGAAGUUGCAGCUAGCUCACUCCUAUAUACCAAUUAACCAUGGUCCAACUAGUAGUGUGCCUCCAGCGCAGUCUCAGGAUCUCCUAGGGCAGGGAAUCUUGGAAGGUCGUCGAAUACACACGUCUACACUUCGAAAAGCCAUGCAUUAUACUGUGCAGCACGAUCCUCUUCAUGUAUCGCAAGAAGAGUCGCCCACUUCUGAUAGGGUCAAAGGAAAAGACUCCAAAGAGAUACAGGGUCCCACGUCACAUGGUCCCACACCAAAUGAACACACUGGGAAGGAUAGCACAUAUACUCCUAUAAGCAGAGGUGGAAUUCACUCUUACUGCAAUUCGUCGGAUGAAGAAGCGAGUACAUCAGAUCCCAGUGAGAGCACUUCGGAUGAAACGCAAAGAAGGUUGAAUUCGCAAAUCGUGGAUUCUAUAAUGCGCAGCUUAUGUGCUGCCAUUGACAGGAAGGUGACUGAGUUCCGUAAUAGAGGGGCAGACAGCAAUGGUCAGGCGUCGGGCUCUGACGAUCAAAUAAACAUAAAUGAGUCAGGGUCGGCCACCAUGACCACCACUGAAGGUAGAGGUCGUGCAUCUAACAAUACCACUAGCAAGCGGCGAAGGGGGCAAGAAAAGCAAGAUGACGAUGAAAGCGACCAUGAAUCAAGUAACAAGAGAGCUAAGGAAAUACCGAGGGAUAGGCGCGAGGUAUACACCGAGAGGAGGUUUGCCUGUCCGUACUUCAAAAGAAAUCGUCGAAAGUAUCGCCAAUGGACUGGCUGCCCCGGGCCAGGUUGGGACGAAGUUCACAGAGUCAAGUGCAAAGAGCCUCCAUGUGCGGUGCAGCAAAACCUCACUGUAUUAGACGGAUUUACAGAGGAGCAAGAGAAACGCCUUCGGAGUAGGAAGAGGCUCAGCCCCGAAAUGACAGAAGAGCAGAAGUGGAACCAUAUCUACGACAUUCUGUUUCCUGAUGACGAUCCCAUCUUGAGACCUAGCCCCUAUGACCUUGGUGGCUUCGAGGGGUUCGCUCGCUUCGUCCGUCGCGAACUACCUGGCCUUGUGCGGCGCGAGCUCGAAAUCCUCUUUCAAGACGAUUUGUACGGCCUGGGAGAAAGAGUGCGACCGCAAUUACAAAAAAUCAUACUUGAUUUUCAACCGCGGCUUAUGCAAUUAUACCAAGAGCACCAAGACGUACCAGAGCAAGCCCCAGCACCGGAAUUUCCGGCCUCGCGAACGUCAAUUGCUAACAAUACUACCAUGCAAGGCGCUGGUGACGAGCAUGUAGGCCAACAAUUGACAGCGACUUCACUUGCUGCCGUUGGCGGGGACUUCUGGGAGCUUAAUAGUUGGCAAGAGACCCUUGGCGUCAGAGAAGGUCACGAUCUCACGCCCCCAGGGUCUAUUCCUGACGAGCACCUACCAGACGCUGGCGCUUUGUUCGAUUUCGAUGAUGCUCUAGAUGGUUUAUUUCGGCUCCCUCCGCAAUCAUCGGCCAUUGAGUCAAAGCAUUAUUAG